AUGGUGAGGCAGGAUGCGCUGAGACUCAGGUGUCCCGAAGACUGGAAGCUAGAGGCAGGCGCCAUGGAGUACACCGGGAGCCAAUAUAUUGGGGAAUUUGUAGAUGGCAGGAUGGAGGGUGAUGCUGAAUACAUCCUCCCAACUGAAACAAAAUACGUUGGGGAAAUGAAGGACGGCAUGUUUCAUGGCCAAGGAACCUUGUACUUCCCCAAUGGGAGCCGAUUUGAUGCGGUUUGGGAGAAAGGGUUGGUUGUAAAGGGCACAUACACCUUCUCGGAUGGCCUGCAGUAUAACACUGAGAACUGGCAUUACUGUGACAGCUACGAUCGGAGGUUUUACACCGAGAUCUGCUACGGCUUGAAGCCUGCAGGUAUCUCUCAACUCACCAAUAUGGACCCACCUAGAAAGAUCCCUCCAGGCUGUUACGACUGUGGAGAUGGCUUCUAUAACCCAAACACGAGGAUAGUCAAGGACUAUAAAUAUCGCUUUCUGAGAAAUGCAGAUGACGACGAGCAUGAGUGGAUCGUCCGGACGUGUCGGAAGGGCUUGGACGAGACCACGGGCCCUGAGCCCCAGUCGUGA